GACCGCCGCCGCUGCUGCUCCAGUGUGUGUGUGUAUCUGAAUGUGAAUGUAGCUGACUGCAGCGAUUCUCCCUACUGCUGACUCAUAACCAAGGAAUAAAGGAGGUCAGGAGAUGUGUCGGCCAGUCGUCUUUGCUCUGCUCAGCCUCAGUCUCGGGCUGGUAAACGCAUUUAUUUCUCAGCAGACAACAGAUGAGAAACACUGGGUGGUUAUUGUGGCAGGAUCUAACGGCUGGUACAACUACAGACACCAGGCCGAUGCUUGCCAUGCCUACCAGAUCGUCCACAAAAAUGGCAUCCCAGAUGAGCAGAUAGUCGUUAUGAUGUACGAUGACUUGGCUCAGAAUGAAGAGAACCCCACUCCAGGGAUAGUGAUCAACAGGCCCAAUGGCACCGAUGUGUACAAGGGAGUUCCUAAAGAUUACACAGGCGAAGAUGUGACCCCAGAAAACUUCCUGGCGGUGUUGAAGGGCGACUCCUCAAAUAUCAAAGGUGGAUCAGGAAAAGUGUUGAAGAGUGGUCCCAAUGAUCACGUAUUUGUGUACUUCACCGACCACGGAGCACCUGGUAUUCUGGCUUUUCCCGACGAUGAACUCCAUGUUGAAGAUCUCCAACAAACCAUCAAAUACAUGCACGAUAAUAAGAAAUACAAACAGAUGGUGUUCUACAUUGAGGCGUGUGAGUCUGGGUCAAUGAUGAAGGACCUGCCUGCUGACAUUAACGUGUACGCCACCACAGCAGCCAACUCUCACGAGUCGUCUUACGCCUGUUACUAUGACGAGAAGAGGGAUACAUACCUGGGCGACUGGUACAGUGUUCACUGGCUGGAAGACUCUGAUGUGGAGGACUUGUCCAAAGAGACUUUGAUGAAGCAGUUCAAGAUCGUGAAGAGCCUCACAAACACCAGCCACGUGCAGCAGUUUGGAAACAAGACACUGGCCCACAUGAAGGUGGUGGCAUUUCAGGGAGAACACAGCGCCAAGAGCCGUCCUGUUCCUCCAAUGACCCUGCAGCCAGUUAAGAAUCCGGAUCUGACUCCAAGCCCUGAUGUUCCCCUGGCCAUCAUGAAGAGGAAACUCAUGGCCUCCAAUGACAUCAGAGCUGCACGGGGCAUGCUGGCGGAGAUUAGCGCCCACCUCAAGGUGAGGGAGAUGCUGGCUGACACAAUGCGUCAGAUUGCGGAGAAGGUGACCGGCAGUAAACUCGAGGCAGAGGUGGUUUUAAACCAACAAGCCGAACUGUCCAUGCAUCAGUGCUACAAGUAUGCGGUCAGACACUACAAACACGCCUGCUUCAACUGGCAUGAAACUAAGUAUGAAUACGCUCUGAGACACCUGUUCGUUCUGGUGAACCUGUGUGAGAGAGGAUACCCUGUAGUGAGUAUCCUGGAGGCCAUGGACUCUGUGUGUCAUUUCAACUACUGAAAGGUUUUCUGUUAAUCUCUGAAGUCUCAGAUUCGGCUGCUGCCUCCUCCUGAAAAGGCUUUUCGGAGAAGACGUCGCUUCUCAUUGCACUGUUUAGGAAUCAGGCUGACACAGAGUUAAUGGGAUUGUUUCAUCAACACACUUUAACACUUAAAUCUGUGAUGGGUUUUUUUUUAUUUCUGAUUUUACUGAGAAUUUUUAAGUGUGUUUUCGUAUGGAUUGCACUUUCGCUUUCAAUGUUUUUUUGAUUUUUAAGUACAUUUUUUAAGUACACAUGAUAAACAGUUUAGAAUAUUGAAUUUGUGCAAAUGUGUCUUCAGCUUUUAGCUUUAUCUGUGGUUUGAAUGAAUGAUUGAUUUUUUUAAAGGACACCACGAAACACUGAAUGUUGAAGCACGAAGAGUGUUAUGACAAGAAUCUUGAAAUAAAAUCUGAUGGACCAAAAA